AUAGCGCCCUCAAAGUCACGUGUUCUCUCCUUCUCGUCCGCUCGUUUAACGGACGUUGCUUUGUCCCUCAAACUAUUCAUUACCAAAUACUCCAAUUAUUUUUCUCUUCUCGAUCUUCCUUUAGGGUUUCAAUUUCAUUGCUUUAUUCAGUCAAUUCGGUUUACGCUUGCUGAUUUCGGGAUCCACUUUUCAUUCUCGAUUCCGCAGUUACAGCUGGCAGAAAAGAAAAGUUGGUUUUUUGCCAAUGGAGAAGCCAACAGAUUCUAGCUUAUUUGUCAAUGAUGGUUCUUUCAUGGAGAGGUUCAAACAGCUCCAACAGGAGAAGGAAAAGGAGAAAUUGAAGGGUGCCUCCUCAAAAGAGUCUAAGACAACCUCCAGUAUAUUGGGAGCUUCAACUCCAAAGGCAGUCAUUAGUAAGCCAAGCCUGGAAUUUAAAGCUAACUCUUCACGGAAAACUGCCACAGUUGCUUCAGGUGGGAAACUUGCAUUCAGCCUGAAACAGAAAUCCAAAAUACCUGCACCUUCUGUUAAGCUAGGUGAAGAUGAGGAUGAUGAGGAUGAAAAAGAUGCUGGGAAUUCUUCAGGAGAUGGGCCAAUUAAACGGCAGAGGGUGGAGGAACCUCGUGCUCUGCACAAGCCUCUUAGACAAAUUGAUGUUGCACCAAAUCCCCCAAGUGAUCCAGCAGUGAAGAAAGUUGCAGACAAAUUAGCAAGUUUUGUGGCUAAGCAUGGAAGGCAGUUUGAGAAUAUCACUCGCCAAAAAAAUCCAGGAGACACACCAUUUAAGUUCUUAUUUGAUGAAAGCUGUCCUGAUUACAAAUACUAUGAAUAUCAACUUAGUGAAGAGGAAAAGGCUCUAUCACAGACCAGCGAAACCCAAACAUCACAUAGAGUUACUAGUACUGCUACACCCAACUCAACAAGCAGUUCUCAUAGGUCACAUCAGCAGCAUUUGAAUUACCAAACUCCUGCAUCAGCAUUGUGGGGAGCAACAGAGAAUACAAGUUCUUCAGAACCGGCUGGAAAUUCUGGUCAUUCAGGCGGUCCAUCGGGGUCAGAUCCAAUAGCGAUGAUGGAAUAUUACAUGAAGAAAGCUGCAGAUGAAGAGAAGCUAAGGGCACCGAGAUCAUCGAAAGAUGAGAUGCCUCCACCUGCUUCUCUCCAAGUUCCAGGAAAGAAGGGUCAUCAUAUGGGGGACUAUAUCCCACCUGAAGAGCUUGUUAAGUUUUUGUCUACCUGCAACGAUGUAGCUGCUCGGAAAGCAGCCAUAGAGGCAGCAGAAAGAUCGAAAAUACAAGCUGAUAAUAUUGGCCACAAACUUCUGUCGAAAAUGGGUUGGAGAGAAGGUGAAGGACUAGGGAGCUCUAAAAGUGGUAUUGCAGAUCCAAUAACAGCUGGCAGUGUAAAAUCAAAUAACUUAGGUGUUGGUGCUCACCAACCCGGGGAGGUCACUCCAGAAGAUGAUAUCUAUGAUCAAUAUAAGAAACGAAUGAUGCUAGGCUACAAGUACAGGCCAAAUCCACUGAACAAUCCGCGGAAAGCAUACUACUGAGGCAAACUGCAAGCUUGUCGUCUACUCGGCCUACCUCUGUAUUGGAGUCACUUGUGUUUGUUAUAGCUUUCUUCAGGAAGACAAUAUUUAGAAGUUGAUGUUAUUCUGGUCGACAUACUACUUCUACAAGUUUGAAUUCGUUGUAUCUAAGACAUUGAAAUGACAUGUAUUGAACUCCGAUAUAUCUUUCACUUCCUGGUCUCUUGUUUAUUCAAAGUUUCACUUGAACAAACAUAUCUACAUCAAUACACCAAACCCAUGCGAGUUUUGUUUUCUGAGUACCCUUGUGCUAUUCUGUUGUAAUUGUCAUGAUAUGCUUUGUUAUUGGAAAGUUGAUGAUGCUGAAUAUGAGUGUAAACCUGCUUA